CGGGGGGGAGGCUGAGCGUGUGUCCGGGAGGAGGGCGGGCCGCGCGGGCGCCACGUCCGCAGCCCGAGCCCCAGAGCCCCCGACGCCGCCGCCGCCCCGGCCCCCAGGCCGACCAGCGAGCGCCAGGAGCGGACGGGCCAGGGCCGCCGGGCCGCCGUUUUUAAGGUCCUGUGUUCUUUGUAAUGAGUGACCUGCUGCUAAAGACACAGAAGCCUUUAUUUGGAAGAGGCCAAGCAGCAGAAAGAAGAAAGCAAAGUCAGAAUCCACCUGGCUUCGUGUCCAGACUGUUGGGCUCAGUUUGUGACUUUGGACAAGUCACUUGACCUCUGAGACCAUGAAUCAGACGGACAAAAACCAACAAGAAAUUCCUUCAUACCUUAUUGAUGAGCCACCAGAAGGUUCAAUGAAAGACCAUCCACAGCAGCAGCCUGGCAUGUUGUCCCGGGUAACUGGUGGCAUCUUCAAUGUAACAAAGGGAGCCGUUGGCGCCACCAUUGGUGGCGUGGCUUGGAUUGGAGGGAAGAGUCUGGAGGUGACCAAAACGGCUGUUACCACAGUGCCUUCCAUGGGCCUUGGGUUGGUCAAAGGAGGGGUGUCGGCCGUGGCUGGUGGUGUCACAGCUGUCGGGUCCGCUGUUGUAAACAAAGUGCCCUUAACCGGAAAAAAGAAAGAUAAGUCUGACUGAGAGAGCGAGAAAGACGGAGAUGACCCUUGCUCUCCGCAGCACCAUGAGGCCAGUGGCUUUGAACCAUCAACAUGGGGACUAGCAGAGAGCCACCUCUUUGGGAUGUUUCUCUUCUCCCGUGCUGUGUUGGAAGUCUUGAGGACUUACUUUCAUCUGAAAAGAGAAGAUGCCAAGACUGUGACAGUUUGUGAAGGAGUCAUCAAACUUUGAUUCCAGAUUUUUAACUGGUGAAAUGUUACACUCGUUCAGUAGUAACUGAAGGUAUAGUAUGUUUCAAUAUUUACUGUAGGUCUUUCAGUUCAGUUAAAAAUGUGAACAUUCUAUUUAGUGGAUAAUCUGCCGUUCCAUCCAUCUGAUAAUGUGCCAGGGCACUCGGGGCCCUUGAGAGCUGUAAACUCUAUAAACUCUACCUUUGAUGUGCCUACUAGUUUGGGAUGUCUCUUAGUUUUUAAAAAAUGUAUUUUAUGUAAGCUAAGAGGCAUAUUUUGCUCAUUUAAGCUGGUAAGAUAGGAAUUGGAAAUGUUAAAAAGUAAACUUUUAUGUGCUAAUCUCUGAGCGCUAACUAUCCUUUGUUAAAUAUGCAUUAUGUUCAUUUAAUCAUUGAUGCCUUACAAGAGGACAUGUUUUCUGAUGCCCUAGAUAUCAUUGCAGUUCCUAGCUUUUGACUCUUUCAGCCCCUAGGUGAAAUUAAGACUUUUUCAUUUGAGAAAAGAAUCUCAGGAGUAUUUAAGAAAAGGCACUUCUUGUUGCCAGCGGAUAAGAAGAAUCCACUCUUUAUUAACUGUCUGCCACUUACCAAAAAAAUCAAAAGGGUAGGCAAAUGAAUAUUGAAGCCCAUGUUCCAUAAUCUCUGGAGUAAAGUAUACCUUGUAGUGCCUCACAAUACAUUUCUUAGCUGUUCACUUAGAAAGUCAUGUUGGAUGAGUUUCUUAUUAAGAGGUGUGAUAUGUGUGAUGAAUAACUUUUAUAGUUCUUUAAGAAUUAGCUGCAACAACCAAGAUAGAUAGAGAAUUCUUCACUCCUAUUAAAAUAAUCUGUAAGACUGGCUUAAAUCACAGUAGUACUGCCACCGAUUCUUAAGGACAUUUUAAAAGCAACGGUUUUUGAGAACUGCUUUUCGACACUCCAGGUGAGCCUGAGGCAUGAAAUGGGUAUAAAUGCUUCUUUUUGGAAGAUUUAUACAUACAGAAAACAAGAGAGAUUCCAGGCCUUCUAGACAGAGAGAGGCUUUCCACCAUUUUUCCUCCAUUUUUUUUUCUUUUUUCUUUUCAGCCAGUGAAUGAUUUUCUUGCUCAUGAUAUGUUGGUUUCACAUAUCAUACGGUCUAGUCAUUGUGCUUUUGUCUCCCAAGAAUGAAGGACUUUUAACAUUCACUGUUCUUACUAAUAAAUUCAUGAAAAUAAUCAAACCGUGUAAACUAUCUAUUAGGUGUUUUCCAAGAAGGUGAUCAUCUAGAUAGGUUUUAACAGUUAUCUUUACACUUGAAUCUGAUGUUCUGUCUCUAAUCUUUGUGCUUUGGUCAUAUGUGUCCAAAUUAUACUCCUCAGCCACGCUUUGGGCUUACUUGUGGAGGUCAUGUAGUGUGUUAAAGUGACGUCCAAGAGGACUCGAGCCAAACCACUUCAAGAUCUGGAGUUAAAUGUUUGUUUACAGUGAAGUAGUUUACCUUAGUGUGUGUCUACACAGAGUCUUGUGUUCCUUAAUACUUAAACCUUUUUUUUUCUUUUUAAGCUUUCAUCAGCACCAUUACAGUUUAAGGGAAAUUUAGUAUGUUCCAUGAAAACUCUAUAUUAGACACUUAAGACUGAAUAGAGAAUUUAGCCCAGUCUUUCAGGAGUUAAAUGAUAACUUGCUUUGUGGUUACAACUUUUUUUGCAAGCACCGUACUUUGAAAAGCAAUUAGAUGAGACAUGAACACUAUUGGAUUGGCUAAAGAAAACCGAUAUUGGAGAACUUGUUUACUGCUGUUUGGGAAAUUCUUUUCUGCUUACCCAGUAGUUUAUUUUAUUCCUAAUUUAUCUUCUGUAAUCAUAAUCUUCAAUGCUUUGUACCUAAAUUUCUUUUACAUGUAGAAUUUUAGGAUUCGUUUGCAUAUUUAUUUUCAAUUGUGCUUGUCUCUAAUAUUUUCUUGCAGUAAAAAGUGUUGAAAUUUCCUUUUA